GAACUAUUCAGACGUCUCGUUUUUUCCGCGUAGUCAUAAUAGGAAGUAAUCACCGCAGAAUAAUUUAAUUCAUUUUUUAUUCUUUAUCUCGAUGACAUGUAAUAAUUUAUUAAUCUAUGGUUUCAAUGCCUACCACGUUUAGAAGAAUAUUCGAAAAUCCGUCACUAUCUAUGGGUUAAUAUUUGUACAAUGUGAUAAUAAGAUAAAAAUUAAUCAUUUAUGUGUUCCCUUUUUUCGAGGUUUUAAACAAUUUGCUUUUCGGACAGUUUUUCAUUUAAUAUUUGUUAACUCUUUAAGUAAUUUGAAUUAUUAAUUUUACUAAAUAACUAUUGAAAAAUGAAUGAUUCAGUUAUGAUCCAUGGAGCUGGUGGUAUUCCAGAUAAAUCUUGGAAACCACAAUUUGGAAUUAUUGACACUUCAAUGGGUCAAAUGACAAUUGAACUAUAUUGGGAUCAUGCUCCAGAGACUUGUCGUAAUUUUGCCGAACUUUGUAGACGUGGUUAUUACAAUAAUACAAAAUUUCACAGAAUCAUUCGGAAUUUUAUGAUUCAAGGUGGUGAUCCGACUGGCACUGGCAGAGGUGGUACAUCAAUUUAUGGCACACAUUUUGAUGAUGAAAUCCAUGAUGAUCUUAGACAUACAGGUGCAGGCAUUGUGUCUAUGGCUAACUCAGGACCUAAUACAAAUGGCUCUCAAUUUUUUAUUACGUUAGCACCCACUCAAUGGCUUGACAAAAAACAUACAAUAUUUGGUCGUAUUCAUUCUGGUAUGAAUGUUGUAAAAAGAAUGGGAAUGGUAGAAACAGAUAAAAAUGAUCGACCAGUUGAUGAUGUAAAAAUAUUGAAGAGUGGAGUACAAUUUUAAAUGUAAUAUGGUGGAAAAAUGUACAAAACUUAAAACCUG